AUGGGCCGUGCAGCCAGCACUGGCUCUCCUGGUUCACUACAAGCAAUGGUGCGGGGACCUUCUCGCAGCCCCACGCCUGAGAGGACCACGGGGGGGAAGAGCCCCGCCAUGCCCACAGCAGGCGCCAUAGCCGGAGCCGAAGCCCAAUCAGCCCGCCUCGUGAUCAUGGACCCAAAGGAGGCGAGGGCAAGGGCAAGGACGCAAACCCUCGCCGCGGAGGCAGAGAUCGUGGUGGCAACAGGUCCGACCUACAGCUCGCGCAGCAAGCCGCCGCAGCGGCUGCCCAAGCGGCUGUGGGCGCCGUCCGAGGCAACUGAUGCAAAUGACCUGCUGAGCCAGGCAUUUCAAGUUAGGAGAGACACGUUCCGGGCGAGUGGUGCCGACGCGACGCCGCACCCGCACCACGGACGCCGCAUAGGCGAGGCAGCCCACCCGGGACCGGAACAACUGCCCGACGCAAUGCAGCGCCGGAGCCGCGUCCUACACGCCCUCGCGCAGAUGCGGCUGCGCGAGCCGCCGGAAGACCCCGCGGAGAUCGCCACAAUAACGUCGGAAACGUUGAGCGCCCACACGCCCUUCGCAUCGCCCAGGCACUCGCCAAGCCCGGCCCGCAUUAUUAUCAGGUCGCCAGAACCUGCGAGCCCAGCCCGCACUGAGCUCCCUGCGCCGUCGCCGCGGAUGCUCGUGCCGGGUGACACAGCGCCCACGCAAGUGGACGAUGCCACCCCUGGCCACACGCCGCCGCGAUCGCCUGUGCCCCAAGUUUCGCCGCCAGCUCUGCUGAGGUGGCACGAGACACGCCCGCCCACUUCGAAUCCGGGCGAGCGCUGCUCUUGGCUGUACGUCCCCCUCUUGCACGCUGCUGCGGGUUUCCUGUCGGAGUCGGCCUACGCGGCGUGGAGCGGCGAACCCGAAAUAGGCGAGCGCUGGCUAGCUAUGGUUGUGGCUCUGCGGAACGCUCCGCCAUCGCUUCCACAAGUUUUGGCGAAUGCCAUGCAUACAGUCGCCGAGCUCGAAGCCCGGCAUGCAGAAGAGCAGGCAGUCGCUGACCUACUGGCGUUGCCGCCUCAUCCACUACCACUGCCGACGGCA